AUUGGCUAUUGAAGUGGGUGCGUCAACUCAUGCGUUACUGCGAUGUCAUCCCUAUCGUUUGUACCUCACUCAGUCUCAUCAGUUUCUGGACAUAAAAGAAAACACGAAAAAACCCACAAAAAGUCUUCGAAAAGAAUCAAGCGUAGCGAAGAGUCAGAUGAAGAACAGGUCAAUGUUGGGAAUGGAGUUGUUUACAAUGAUCAGAAUGAAGACACUAGAAGUCGAUCAUGCCCAUAUCUCGACACUAUUCGGAGGAACAUGCUGGAUUUCGACUUUGAGAAGCUGUGUUCGGUUUCCUUAUCUCACCUGAAUGUUUAUGCUUGUCUUAUCUGUGGAAAGUACUUUCAGGGUCGUGGAAAUUCUACUCAUGCCUACACUCACAGUGUUAGUGAGAGUCAUCAUGUCUUCCUGAAUUUAGAAACUCGACGGUUUUAUUGCUUACCCGAUGAUUACGAGAUUUUAGACGGCUCAUUGGAAGAUAUUACCUACCUUCUAAAUCCUACUUUCAGUACUUCCGAAAUACUUGGUUUGGACAGUUAUUCAAAAAUGGUUAGAGCAUACAAUGGUCUUACAUAUUAUCCUGGUGUUGUAGGUCUCAAUAAUAUCAAGGCUAAUGAUUACUGCAACGUCAUUUUGCAAAUGCUCAGUCAUAUCAGUCCAUUGCGAGACUAUUUUUUGAACAUCAAAAACUUUGAGAAUCUGCCUUCUGUCCCUGGAGAUCAAAUGAUGCUUUUAGUUCAAAGAUUUAGUGAACUUAUUCGAAAACUGUGGAAUCCUCGAAACUUUAAAACUCACGUCUCACCUCAUGAAUUCCUACAGGCGGUUGUGCUGUGCAGUAAAAAACGUUUCCAAAUCACUGAACAAGGAGAUGCUGUUGAAUUUUUGUCAUGGUUGGUUAAUGCGAUAGAUAAAGCUUUAAGGGUUAAAAGAAUUUCCUAUCCCAAAGAUGCAACUAAUAAGACCUUUAAAAGCAUCGUUUCAUCUACUUUACGGGGAAAGAUGAGAAUGUACAGCCGAAAAAUCAUGCCAGUAAACAUGACAGAUGAAGAGAAGGCUUCCUUAGCUGACAGCCCCGAAUACAUGACUUCAGUAUCAGAUAUAAAUUUCUUCUAUCUUACAUGCGACUUGCCUCCACCGCCAUUAUAUCUAGAUGAAUUUAAAGAGAAUAUCAUUCCACAGGUCUCACUAGCUACACUCCUCUCAAAAUUUAACGGAGUUACAGAAAAGGAAUAUAAGACCCAUCGUGAUUCAACGUUGCGUCGAUUCGAGCUUCGUCGACUCCCUCCUUAUUUAAUUCUUUAUAUGAAAAGAUUUGUUAAAAACAUCUUUACAUUGGAGAAAAACCCAACAAUAGUUAACUUCCCCAUUAAAAGUAUUGAUUUCGGUGAAUUGUUGGCCCCAGAAUUUCGAGCUAAACACCGAUAUACUACUUACGACUUGGUUGCCAAUAUUGUGCAUGACGGUCCCCCAACACCUGGCUCCGGCACGCAUCGUAUACACUUAGUACAUCGAGGUACUGGAAAAUGGUUCGAGCUGCAAGACUUGCAUGUUAGUGAAGUUUUACCGCAGAUGAUACCACUAAGUGAAACUCUCAUUCAAGUUUGGGCUGUGAAUAAGUCUAUUCCAAAUCCAAACUUCGUGGAGCCUGUAAAAGUAAUCGAUAAGGAGAUUGACGAAGAAACUAAACCAGAAGUCAAAACUGAUGAAAACGAUGAAUGUGAAGACAUUAAAAAAGAAGAGAAUAUGGAUACAGACAAUAAUGAGCCACAAAUAUAAAUUGUGUUACUUUUCACUACUUUUGUCAAUAAUAAAAAUUACUGACAAUCAAUAAAA